AUGACACCCACCUCUCAAUUUGACGCCGGCGUGGAGCCCCCGGAAUCGCAAUGCCCCUUCUGCAUAAUCGCAACUGAAUACCCGCCCUACGACCCUGCGAAGCCGCCGCAGGACGAUGCAGUCCUCGACCCGAACCGCAUCCCGACGCCCGCCUAUGUCGUCCUCUCAACCCCAACGCUUAUCGCCUUCCUCGACAUCCUCCCGCUAUCACGCGGCCACCUCCUCCUGUGCCCACGCACCCACCGCCCGAAGCUCACCGACGCCUCGCCCGACGAGUCGGCCGAGAUGGGCCGCUACCUGCGCAUCCUGUCCAACGCCCUCGCGCGCACGACGGGCGUCGAGGACUGGAACGUCGUGCAGAACAACGGCGCCGCCGCCGCCCAGGUCGUCAUGCACAUGCACUUCCACCUCAUCCCCCGCCCCGAGAUCCGCGCGAGCGGCCGCUACAGCGAGAGCUUCACCAUGUUUGGCCGCGGCCGGAGGGAGGAGCUGGACGAUGAGGACGCCGAGCACUUUGCCAAGGAGCUGCGGGAGAACGUGGCCGACAUCUUGAGGGAAGAGAAGCACAAGGCGAAGCUUUGA